GGCGGUGCUUCAUCCGUCAUAUAAUCCAGCUCCAACUGAAUGAGGAAAUAAAAGAAUUCGGAGUCGUGUCACGUCGACUUUUUCUCUUUCUCUUGCACCUGUAAACCUGUGGUUGUUUUUUUCAGACCCUUAGUCCAGAUCUGUAGACCCUGCUGAGUCAUGUCUAGGACCGUGACCCUGAAGAUAAGCCCCCAGAGCCAAGCCCGGGUGGAAAACUUCCGCCAGAGCCUGUUCAGUGAGGCUGAAAAUCUGUUUUCCAGAUACAUUCCCGAUAAGAUCACAAACCUGGACGCUCUACUCAAGGAUGAUGCCUUGAAUGUAAAAGACACGUCUUCACUCAAAGCUCCGCUGGAGAUCCCGAUACCGGACCCUCCUUCACCUGAUGAUGAGGAGAUGGAGACCGACAAGAAUGAAGAUGAUGAGAAGAAAAAGAAGAAACCUCCAAAGUGUGGCUUCCUUAAGUCAAAUGAGAAGAUUUUGCUGCUCAUAGAGAGGGUGAAACCAGAAAUUGUGGACCUCAGAGAGACCAUCAUCAAUCUGUCCUCCUGGAUUAACUUCCUCAUCCCAAAAAUAGAAGAUGGAAAUGACUUUGGGGUUGCCAUUCAGGAGAAAAUCCUUGAGAGAAUUACUGCAGUCAGGACAAAAGUUGACACGUAUCAGACUAACCUCAACAAGUACUUUACAGAAAGAGGGGACGCUGUUGCCAAAGCCUCCAAAGAAACUCAUGUGAUGGACUACCGCUCACUUGUCCACGACAAAGAUGAGGCGAUUUACAGCGAGAUCAGAGUGAUUGUUCUGGAGAUCCGUGGCUUCUAUGUUGAGAUGUACACCAUGGUCAUCAAGAAUUUAGAAAAGGUGACUAACCCCAAAGGAGAAGAGAAGCCCCCGAUGUACUGAGACUGAAGCAUCACAAACCUGGGUUUAACCGCAGCAGCGGCAGUUUCUUCGUUACUCAGUUCUUUCUGCUUAGUUAGACGACACAUACAUUUUCAUUAUCAAAUAAACAAAAAAAAAACAGGAUUCAGGUUUGAUCACUGCCGCGGUUGAUAAAUUUCUUUCUAUUUCUUAUGUAUGUAUAUAAAA